CCUUUCAAUAAUAGGCAGGUGUUGAUGGUAUUCCUCUCUUUCUCCCAUCACCCAUCACAUUCUAAUUUUUGUAGAGGCUACUGAAGCAAUUUACUGUAGGCUUUCCAACGUAAUUAACGUUGUUUUCCUUUUGGCGAACGUACGUAUGAUUUCACAAUUUUGUCACUCGCAUUCUCAAGUACAGACAUUCUUUUUCCCAGAACGUCACUUAGUCUUCCCCCUCCAAGGAUUUGUCGAGACGUUCGCGGCACUAAAUCACUUGAGUCACAGACAUUGAACAAUCGGUAGUUGAAUGCUGUUGUUGUUGUUGUUGUUGUUGUGAGUUGUUACUUGUCUAGUGCUCGAUUCGUCUGAAUUUUCUGUCAAACUGGAAUUCAUAUUGCAGAUUGAUUAAUUUUGUGCUUCAUUGGCUCACCGAGCUGCAGUUAUCGAAAAUUACGCUGCUAUCUAUCAAGGAUAAUUUUAAUUUCGCUGUAAAAUAGCCGGUAUCCUCAUGGUAGAGGAGGAUCCUUCGAGCAUGAGCCUUCGGCCGGGCAAAACAGCGGAAAACAGCGACGGUAUGGCAGAGUCCACCAAUGAUCGCACCCGAGAUAAGCCAGCGGCGAUGGAGAACAAGGAGGACCUGACCGGGUUCAACGUGAUUUACACCGUGACGCAGGCGACUGGGGCCCUGCUGGUUCUGCUGGUGCUGAUCUGGUGCGACAAGUACAGGGGAGGCUUUGCCUGGGCGCAGCCAGCCUCUCGCUUCAACUGGCAUCCCCUCCUCAUGACCGUCGGCAUGGUCUUUCUCUUCGCUAAUUCGAUAAUGAUCUAUCGUGGGCUGCGCAGCAUGCGUAAGAAGCAGCUGAAGCUGGUGCACGCGGGCACACACUCGGUCAUCGUGGUCAUGAUCCUCAUCGCGCAGAUCGCUGUCAUCUCAUUCCACAACCAACUCAACAUUCCCAACUUCUACUCACUGCACAGUUGGCUAGGCAUUCUCACCAUGCUCAUAUUCUUCUUUCAGUACGCUUUGGGAUUGGUGGCUUUCCUAUUCCCCGGGCUUUCGGCGCCUGUGCGUGCGGCCAUGAUGCCCUACCACAUCUACUUCGGAAUCACCGCUUUCGUGCUGGCCAUAGCCACCAGCCUCAUGGGAGUCACUGAGAAAGUCUUCUUUGUGUUGGACAAACCAGAAAUGCCGGCUGACCAGAAAUAUUCAAGCCUGCCAGCUGAAGGUGUGUUGGUGAAUGUAAUCGGCAUGCUGUUCGCCAUUUUUGGCAUUCUGGUUGUCUACAUGGUGACUCACGCCGGCUACAAGCGGUACCCAAGACCCGAAGACAAUGUUCUUCUCACUGGAGUUUCCGAGUAAACUCUCCAACCUCUCUAACAAGAGAACUCUUUAAAUUGGCGAAACUAACUUGAAGCUUAGUUUAAUAAGAGGAUGUGUAUCUUUGAUUACUUUGUAAUCGAUCAUUUUUGUUUUACUAUAAUGACGUAUAAUUACUUGUUUUUCAACUUGGCACAGAGAGGAUGAUCAUCUUUAUGCUUAUUUAUAAUGGUGAGCGUGAUUUGACACUAAAGCAAAUCAUUGUAUGGAUAUCUUGAUUCAUCAAAAUACUUUCAAGACUGAUUUCAGGUAGCUUGUAGGAUUCAUAACUCUUGGAGGGCUGAAUUAAAAUCAUAUAUUUUUAGGCUCAUAUUUUUCAUUAAGCGCACAUUCACUAAUUUUUUCACAACUAUAGUUGGAUCUUCAACAUUGUCUUUCCAAUUUUCACCAAUUGAUAAAUUUAAAACUCCAAUCCAUAGAAACUAUUCGUCAUGUUAAAUAAUAAGUUCUAAACCAUAGAAAUUCAUUUGUCGCAAACAGGCCUUUCGCAAUCAUUUUGACUUCUAAAACUUCGACUUUCUUAUGCAUCUUUAUUAGCUUUUUUCUUCAUAAAAAAUUAUUGAAACUUAUUUUGUUUCAUCUUAAUUACUUCUUCAUAAUAAAAUUAAUUGAAAUAUAAGUAUUCCAUAAACCAAUGAAAGAUAAUUUUAAUAAGUAAUUUUCAGCAUUUUCACUAUGAUUGGAAAAUCACUAAUCAUGAAAUUAAAAAGCCCCGACUACUUACCGUCAAGCUUUGCCAUUUCUGUUCUAUAUCAUCACCUGUAAUGUUGAAUGUUUCUCCGUGGAUUUGUUUCAUCAUUGGUGCUUUUUUAAAUGAUGAUAUUGAUUGUUGACUGCUAAAUAAUUGAAUUUCAAAAUAAAUAAUUUUGAUACUAAUUCACAAGAUCAUCUUUAUUGCAUCAAUUCACAAAGUCGCACAAUUAAAGCGUUCCAAUAGAGCUGAAAUAUGUAGGCUCUAUUUACUGAUGAGUUUCUCUCACUUGUAAAUUAGGAUUGAGGCUGGCAACAUCACCCUUAAAACUACUAUCAUUUGCUUUGGCCAAAGUAGAUAGGUGCUAACUCUUCAUUUCGAGAUAAUCUGAAAGAACUUUAUGUCCAUAUGAUUGUGGGUAGUUAUGUGCUUAAAAGUGUACUAGUUAUUUUUAAUUUAAUAGUAGUUCAAGUGUGUAUAAUAGCAAUAGUUGAAUGUAAAUAAGGUUAUUGGAAAAAAUAACAUACUAUUGAUAGAGUAGAUAAAAUAACAUACUUCAUCUAUUGGAUGUUACCAAGUUGUAAAAGUUGAAACACAUAUAAAUUUACUACAAUGGAACCGUUGCGGAUUCUAUGUAAUAAUAAUCAAUGUUGUGUAUGCCAAAUACUGAGAUCUAUAUGUACGAAGCACAUGAUAUGCCUUCUCGUUUCCAUUAUUAUCAAUUACAAAAAUAUUAAUUUUUAUAAAGGACCAAUAUUGAAUAAUGUCUAGGUGAUUCAAUGUCCAUGCUGUGGGCUCUAUUUUUGAUUCAUAUUUAUUAGCUUUUUUAUGGUAUACAUUUCAAACUAAUAGCUUUUUACUCAUUGAUUUUAAUUUGUAUUAUUUGUAAAAGCUCACACACAUAUUUAUCGAUCAGGAAAUAAUAGAAUAUUAUAUAUUAUCAUUCACAUAGGCUACAUAAGUUGAUUUCACACCAAAGUGCGCCAAUCUUUUAUUUGUGUUGAGCAUUUAUUUCUAAUGAGUUUGACUUGUGUUUGUGUGUGUGUGAGAUAUUGAUUUCCUAACUUGUACCUAUUUGUCACUAGUGUCAUUCAACUUUUUUAUUUAUUAAACUAUUAAAAUCA